GAGAGACUCGUAAAUAUUUUUACCUCCUGUUUUACCGCCAAGUACUAAAAUAUUUAAGACAUGCGUACGAAAAUAAUUUUAUGGAAAAGAAAUUGAGUUACAUCAACGAGUACAACACGGCUGAAUUCAAACUUACGAGGCCGGUCAAAAAAAGAAAAAUCUUGGUGGAAAAAAACAAAAACAAAUGCAAUGCUGAACGUGAGAAUAGAAUACAUGUGGCGUGUGAUUCGGAGAGAGAGUCAACAUACGAUACAUCUGAGUAUACUUUAAGUGAGGUUGAGGCCUCGCCAAAACCUGAAGUGGUGUACAUCGACAAAGAUGAUCUGAUAGAAAUACAGGGUGUUAAUCCUAAGAGAUAUGGUUGUAUACGAAAAUUGAACUUUAGCAAGGAGUAGAAGUGUAUGGAUGUGUUUAAAUAAUGAGUACUGUAUUUAUGAUGAUUAAUAAAACUGUCAUUGUG